AUGGCCACCACCACCCUCCCACUCCUCCUUUUAGUAAUUGUAAGCUCGUUCCAAAAUGCGGUGGUUUCUGGUGUGGGUAUAAACUACGGGACUCUCGGAAACAACCUGCCACCACCAAAGAGAGUAGCUCAGCUCCUGCAGGCCACUCUCAUAGACAAGGUCAAAAUCUAUGACAGCAACCCCGAAAUCCUCCAGGCCUUUUCCAACACAGGCAUCGACCUAAUCGUCGCCGUCGAGAACAGCCAUGUCUCCAACAUCAGCACCGACGUGGCUGCCGCGGACGAGUGGUUUGCCACUCGUGUCCUGCCCUUCAUUCCUGCCACUUCCAUCACAGCCAUUGCUGUAGGAAAUGAAUACUUAACCACAACAACAGCUGCUACAAAAAGUGACAAAGAUCCCCAAGUGGACCCUACAGCUCUGGUCCAGGCAAUGCAGAACUUGCACGCAGUGCUCAUAGCCCGAGGGCUGGACCGCAAGAUCAAGGUCACCACCCCACACAGCAUGGCCGUUCUAGCAUCCUCAUUUCCUCCUUCAUCCUCAACUUUUGCCACAAAUCUUGUGCCAACUAUGACCUCCAUAGCUGCCUUCUUGGCGGACACUGGCGCCCCUUUUAUGGUCAAUGCCUACCCUUACUUCGCAUACCGGGACAACCCCGACAUGGUCAAUCUACAAUACGCAUUGCUAGGGAACUCAACCUCAAACGGUGUGCGUGACCCGAAAGGGUACACGUACACCAACAUGCUGGAUGCUCAGAUUGAUGCCGUUCGAGCUGCCAUUGAUGCACUUGGACUUGGACACCGGACCGUGGAGAUCAUGGUGUCCGAAUCCGGGUGGCCAUCCAAGGGUGACACCGGGGAUAUAGCCGCUACGCCGGAAAAUGCCAAGACUUAUAACACUAGGUUGAUUGAGCGUGCCCAGUCUAACAAAGGGACACCCAUGAAGCCUAAUGACAAGGUUGAGGUAUUUGUGUUUGCUUUGUUUAAUGAGAACAAGAAGGAAGGGGGCGCGACAGAGAGAAAUUUUGGGAUUUUUAACGGGGACGGUUCGAAGGUGUAUGAAGUGGAUUUGAGCUGCAAAUUUUGCAGCAACGAUGGCAACGGAAAUGGAGGAGGAUUUGGGUUUGGUGAGAAAGUAUCGGGUGUGGCAAGGGGUCCAUCUGUUUGGUGUGUUGCUAAGCCCCAUGCUGAUGAGAAGGUGCUUCAAGCUGUGUUGGAUUUUUGCUGUGGAGGUGGUGGUGUGGAUUGCAGAGAGAUCUAUGAGAACGGUGAUUGUUUUGAGCCUCAGAAGCUUCUUGCUCAUGCAUCUUAUGCUAUGAAUGCCUACUAUCAGAUGCAUGGCAGAAAUUACUGGAAUUGUGACUUCAAGGGCACUGGCUUAGUUACUUUCAGUGAUCCAAUUGUUGAUUGUUCUGACUCUCUUAUGGGAGAUGCCGGUAUCCUCAACAGUAAAUCAGCAGGAAGGAAUGACAGAGGGCAUAAUCAAUGUGGUUGA